AUGUAUGUAGUUGAGUUACCUACUGGUAUAUUCUGUAAUAAUAUCAUUGAUCCUCAUGGAACCAGUAAACGAAGUCGUGGAAAGAAAAUCAAACCGGCGAAGAUGGCCAUGAUGAUGGCCGGUACAGCGGCCGCCAGCAUGCUGAUGAUGAAGGCCAUAGCCGCGAUCAAGCUGUUCAUCAUACACUCGUUUUUCGCCACCAAGCUGGGUCUAGUGGUGGGUGCCUACCUGUUGGUGUGCAAGCUGAUGGAGAUGAAACAGACGUCGGCCAAGAAGUCGGUGCAGGUCAAGUGGGUGUCGGCGCCCCCGAACUUUGAUGAACAUCUCCCGCAGAUGCCACCCAUGAUGUCCCACUACCCAGACGCCGGUCAGUCGACUUACGAACCGCAACAGGAGCAGCAGCAACAGCAUCAGCAACCGUAUCAGCAACCCUCCGACCARUACGGACCGCCCCCGCAACAGCAACAGUACAUGUCRUCCGGAGACUUCAACGGUGGUAGCGACUUGCAGGCGCACUAUUCGCACGUAAGUCCGGUCACGUACAGGCCGGUGAUGGUCACCCGCAAUCAGUCGGACAACAAUGCCAAGUCAGCUGCAGCCAGGGUCAAAUCUUAAGACGAAACCGAUGCCAGCGACGAUCGAAUAUAAUAUAAUUAUUUCGGUACAUAACGGGAUCGGACAUGUUUUUUUWWAUUUAUUUCGCCACCUACUCGUCAGCUGUAUACAACGCGUGAUGUGUUCCAUUACAUUCAAGUACCUCAAAUCUGAUUAAUUGGCUAACUCGAAUCUACGGAAAUCCUCAGAAAAUCUCAUUUCAACACGUACACGUUUCUGUUUAUCGUUCCAACUCGGAGGUGUACAACAUAGCCAACUUCUCAACAAUUUAUUAUAAUGUAGGUACCUACUACCUAGUAGACCGUCCACGGUGAUCUAGAACGUGAUGUACCUACAUACAAUUUUAUGAUUUAUUCGCCGAGUGCAAAAUUWAUUUUCAA